AUGGAGAGGCACACGCAGGGCUUCCCGGGGGGCAUAGCUGGCAUAGUAUUGUGUGGCUGCUACUGUAUUUUUGCCAGCCCCUGGUUGGCCGGCAAGGCGCUGAUACGCGAUAUACGGUGGAAUCGCAAGAAUAAGCGUCGACAGAAGGUCUGGGAUGGCUACAAAGAGGAGAGAAAUCCGCCAGCGUCCGUUUGGUCUGAUCGACGCCCCCUGACGCCUUCGCUGCCGGCGGGAGAGGAAACACCGCGAGCCCGCACGAUUCAGGCGCAGCCGCAGUCGCAGUCUAGUCUGCUUAGAUUCCCCGCUGAGAUCCGUGAGAUGGUCUGGAUGAAUGUUAUGACCUCGCCUGAUCCCAUCGUGAUCUCGAGGGCUGGCAAGCGGUUAUAUGGCGUUGAAUGUACAGCAGGGGGCGAGUUCGACCGUAGAGACUCGAAGAAUACCCUACCAUAUCGGUUUACGGGAUUGCUGGCUAGUUGUCGACAAGUAUAUUGCGAAACAAUCGACAUUCUGUAUCAAAAGAAUACAUUCCAUUUCCGCGAUGCUUACGCCUUCAACCUUCUCCCCCGAGUGGUCGUCCCAGCUAAGCUAUCCUCAAUUACAUCCUUGACCAUCUCUAUCAAUGUCUGUGAAUACGACAGCACCGAGGCCUAUUGGCAGGACCUCAACAUUUGGGUGUGGGCAGGCGACGUCUUAGAGAAAAUGACGGGACUCCAGCGACUUCAUGCUUCAUUUUCAGAAAGCCUGACUUGUACCAAUAUGCGUUAUGGGUCGGAUCAUUUGCCACCGCUGCUGGAUGUCGAGGGCAUACCGGACUUUGUGGUCACACUCUAUGAUGACCCGCAUUACACAGAGGAGGAGUGGCGUAAUUCCUUAUAUUGUGAUGUGCCAUUUCGACUGGUAUUACGGCCGCGUCCUGGAAGUGAUGGACUGUAG